AUGUCUGCCCAGAUAUCGCACAUCUCAUCUGAUAGUCCAAAUGAUGAGAAUGACUUCCGACACUCAGAAAAGCAGCAUGGGGCUGAAACAAAAGAUAAAAUCGAUCCCUUUGUAGCUGAUCUUGAGGGGGAAGGAUUAGAGUUUGAAAAACAAAAACUCCGUGAGAAGAUUGAAGCCGUUGAGCUUAUACCCACAGAGGCUUUUCAAUGGAAUGUUGAUGGUGAUCAGUCACCUUUUCCCGAGGUCGCUGCUUGUGUCUUAAAUACAGAUGAUCCCAGUAUUCCUUGCAACACAUUUCGCGCUUGGGUGCUCAUGACUGUCUUCGUCGUCGUUUUCGCAGGUGCUAAUCAAUUCUUUGCUUUACGUUAUCCUUCCUUGAGUAUCGGAUACGUUGUGGCACAAUUAUUAGUAUUCCCAAUUGGGCGAGCCUGGGAAAAACUACCUCGAUGGAGAGUACCACUUGGGGCAUUAUCAUUCGACAUCAAUCCGGGGAAAUUUUCUGUGAAAGAACAUGCCUUAAUCGUCAUUUGCGUGAAUAUCAGUGCCAGCGCUGCUUAUGCUACAGGCGCUCUCAUGGCAAUCGUUAGUCCCGUUUACUGGAACCAUGACAACGGUGCUGGAUUCACAUUUGCUUUCCUUUUGACAACCCAAAUGCUUGGAUUCGGCCUUGCAGGUCUUGCCCGCCGGUGGAUCGUUUAUCCAGCAGCUCUUAUCUGGCCUGCUGCAUUACCCUCCACAGUUCUUUUUCGCUCGUUACAUGAACCUCAAGAACACUUCUCAGCUAACGGUUGGACUUUAUCCCGUUACCGAUUCUUCUCCUAUUUCACGAUUCUCGCAUUUGUUAUUUUCUGGUUCCCAGACUACCUUUGGACGAGUCUAAGUACAUUUGCUUUUGUCACUUGGAUCGUCCCGAAAAAUCAAGUCGUCAAUACGAUCUUUGGCAUGAAUUCUGGUUUAGGUCUGCUACCAAUUAGUUUCGAUUGGACUCAAAUUACAUAUGCCGGUACUCCUCUCACAACACCUUUCUACAUUACCUGCAAUGCAUUUGCGGUCGUGGUGAUUUUUUAUCUAUUUUUAUCGCCUAUUUUAUAUUACAGUAAUGUCUGGAACAGUGCAUAUCUCCCACUACUAUCCUCGAGCACAUUCGACAACACAGGGUCAAGCUAUAAUAUCACCCGCGUCGUCGACUCCAACCUGGAAUUUGUCCUAAGCAAGUAUGAAGAAUAUUCUCCAAUGUAUAUCUCUAUGUCGUAUUCAUUAUCCUACGCUCUCUCGUUUGCGGCCGUCACCGCAAUAGUCGUUCACACCUACCUCUACAAUGGAGCUGAAAUCUGGGCCAAGUUCAGAAACUCUCGAGCCGGAGGUGAAGAUAUCCAUAAACGACUUAUGAACAAUUACAAAGAAGUGCCCAAUUGGUGGUACGGCCUUCUGAGUGUUGUUAUCAUCGGUCUCGGUAUUUUCACAGUUCGAUACUGGGAUUCAGGUCUUCCAGUCUGGGGAUUCAUCGUCGUAUGUUGCGGCAUGGCAGUCACACUCAUCGUCCCCGAAGGAAUCCUCGAAGGCACAACAAAUCAGCGUAUCUUCCUCAAUAUCAUCACCGAGUUGAUAGCUGGCUAUGCCUGGCCUGGUAAGCCUAUCGCAAACAUGAUGGUCAAAUGCUACGGAUACAAUUCCGUAAAACACGGUUUAGAUUUCGCUCAAGAUCUCAAGUUGGGUCAAUACAUGAAGAUUCCUCCACGUGUACUUUUCGCAGGACAAGUAUAUGCAUCUGUCCUGGCCACUGCUACCCAAACAGGUGUAUUGAGAUGGAUGUUGGGGCAUAUUCCAAAUCUUUGCAGUUCAAAGAAUACACAGCGAUUCACGUGUGCAGGAUCAAAAGUCGUGUAUAAUGCUUCGCUUAUUUGGGGAACAAUUGGUCCUCAAAGAAUGUUCCAAGCGGGCGAAACUUAUAAUAGUAUCAUGUACUUCUUCCUUAUUGGACCAGUGGUUACGAUUGCAGUCUAUUUCACUUAUAGGAGGUAUCCUAAUAGUUGGGUCCGAUAUAUUAAUGUACCGGUAUUCUUCAACGCGGCUGGAAACAUCCCACCAGCGAACACGACACAGUAUUCACUUUGGUUUAUAUUUGGAUUUUUGUUCAAUUUUUUGAUCAGAAAGAGAGCUUUCGCGUGGUGGAAGAGAUAUAAUUAUCUUCUCCAAGCCGCAAUGGACACGGGAACAGCACUUGCAACUAUCAUUAUUUUCUUUGCAUUAACAUACAAUAAUAUAACGCUUAGCUGGUGGGGAAAUAACGUUGGUUCGGAUACCGAUGAUUCGAAUUCGGUGCCGUAUCUGAAGGUAUCUCCCGGCGGGUAUUUUGGAAAGGCUCCGGGACAUUUCUAA